CCUGCAAGGCUCCGGGACGCGCCACGCCGCGCGUGGGACGUACGAACCGGCCGUUGAUUCCAUCCAGCCACCAAGCAUGGGCACGGGAGAGGACGACGACGCGACGACGGCAGAACAAGGCGGAGAGGAUGAUGAGCAGACGCGGGACGCAGGAGGAGGAGGAGGGGUGAUGGCGAGCCUGGUGGGCAAGGCCAAGGGGUUCGUGACGGAGAAGAUCGCGCAGAUGCCCAAACCCGAGGCUUCGCUAGAGCGGGUCUCGUUCAAGAGCAUCAGCCGCGAGGGCGUGGCGCUCCACAGCCACGUCGACGUCAGCAACCCCUACUCGUACCGCAUCCCCAUCUGCGAGCUCACCUACACGUUCAAGAGCGACGGAAACGUCAUAGCAUCAGGCACGAUGCCUGACCCCGGGUGGAUCGGCGCGAGCGGCACCACCAAGCUGGAGCUGCCAGUGAAUGUGCCCUACGACUUCGUCAUGUCACUGAUGAAAGAUCUGAGCGGGGACUGGGACAUCGACUACGUGUUGGAGGUCGGGAUCACCAUCGACCUCCCCGUCAUCGGCACCUUCACCAUCCCGGUCAGCACCGAGGGGGAGAUGAAGCUCCCCACGUUUCGGGAUUUGUUCUGAACAAUUUAGCUGCACGCUUUUUUGCCCGACCUUACCUUCUGGCCUCUGGGUGAAAAAGGGUAUUAUUUGUUGUUUGAUCCGUGGAUGCCUGUUGAAAUUAGAUUUGUGCUGCAACUGCAA